GGAGGAGGCUUUGGAAGGGAGGGGACUCCGGGGAAGAGGGCAAGGUGGGGAGAGAGUUUCUGAGUUUUGAGAGGGAUCUUUAAGGUUGGAAGCGGCGGGGCGUCCGAGAGGAGUGAUGUGGGAAACGGGCUCCAAGAAGGAAGGCUCCAGGCGCUGGGGAAGCUCGUGGGCGCCGGCUGGUUGUGCGUUUCUGAUAGACCCCUGGGUUUAGGGGAAUCGAUUCCAAGUAAUGAGGAUUCCAGGGUCUGAAGAUGCUCCAGGGAUCUAACGGACGGAUGACACUCUACCUCACCUUCCCUGUGGCUAUGUUCUGGAUCGCCAAUCAGGCCGGAUGGUUUGAAGACUAUGUCAUACAGCGUAAGAGGGAGCUGUGGCCACCUGAGAGGGAAGACCAGCGCCGGGAGCUAGAAGAAUUCAAAGAGAGGAUACGGAAGCAGCGGGAGGAGAAGCUCCUUCGUGCUGCCCAGCAGAGCUCCUGAAUCCGAGCCCAUCCACCCAAGAAAAUACACAUACACAGUUUCUUGUUU